AUGGCUGAGGGGGAAGUCACCACGUUCACGGCCCUGACCGAGAGGUUCAAUCUGCCUCUGGAGAACUACAAGAAGCCCAAGCUUCUCUACUGCAGCAACGGGGGCCACUUCCUGCGGAUCCUCCCAGACGGCACCGUGGACGGGACAAGGGACAGGAGUGACCAGCACAUUCAGCUGCAGCUCAGUGCGGAGAGCGUGGGGGAGGUGUAUAUAAAGAGCACCGAGAGUGGCCAGUACUUGGCCAUGGACUCCGACGGGCUUCUGUACGGCUCACAAACGCCCAGUGAGGAAUGCCUGUUCCUGGAAAGGCUGGAGGAGAACCAUUACAACACCUACGCGUCCAAGAAGCACGCCGAGAAGAAUUGGUUCGUCGGGCUCAAGAAGAACGGAAGCUGCAAGCGAGGUCCUCGGACUCACUAUGGCCAGAAAGCAAUCUUGUUUCUCCCCCUGCCGGUCUCCUCUGAUUAA